AGGAGAUGGACUAUGAUUUUCUCUUUAGACUCACUUUAGAAGCACACAAAAGCCAAUUCCUCUUGGCUUCCCUGUGUGUUCCUCUUUAUAAGAGUAUUUUCCCUCUUUAUUGAUGGUUUGGAAAACUGUUGCUUGGGUGCUGACCACAAGAAUAACCAGGUGCAGACAGUCUGUGGAACAAGGUUUGUAGGCCGCUCAGGGGACCAGAGCUUCCUGGAGUCCAUCAGCUUCAUUGAGAUGAGUAUCUGCUGGUCACAGUGAACCUUUCCGUCUGCUCUAAGAUGGUGAGUUUUCCAGGUUUGUCUCCAGCUGGCUCCCUCCUCUCUCUCCUUCUCCUGGUGUCCAUACAGUGCUCAACAGUAUCUGGGUUUUCUGUGAAUGGACCAGCUGAGCCCAUCAUGGCCUUGCUUGGGGAGGAUGUUACCCUGCCCUGCCAGCUGUAUCCUGAACAGAGUGCAGCCCGCAUGCACAUCUGGUGGUACCGUGCCCAGAUCUCCCCAGCUGUGCUGGUAGUCCAGAAUGGACAGGAACAAAGUGGAGAACAGAUGCUGGAGUACCGCGGUAGGACCAAGUUGGUGGGAGACUCCAUCAGCAAGGGGCACGUGGCCCUGCUGAUACAGCACGUGAAGGCCUCUGACAAUGGCCAGUACCGGUGUCGUUUUCAAGAUGGUGAUAUCUCACAGGAGGCCAUUAUAGAAUUGAAUGUCAUAGGUUUGGGCUCCAUCCCUCAUGUUCACAUGACAGGACCCAAGGAAGGUGGUAUCCAAGUGCUGUGUUCCUCAGGGGGCUGGUUCCCAAGCCCCAAGGUACAAUGGAAAGACAUGGCAGGAGCCAAGCUACCAUCCCUCUCUGAGUCUCAGACCCAAGACUGGGAUGGGCUCUUCCAUGUGAAAUCAUCCCUUGUGGUCACAGACAGCUCCCUGAGCAAUGUGACCUGCUCCAUCCAAAAUCCUCUCUCUGGUCAGGAAAAGGUAUCAUCCAUCUUCCUCCCAGAGCCCUUCUUCCCCAGGAUGUCUCCAUGGAAAGCAGCCCUUGCUGGGACAGUCCCUGUCCUGGUGCUUCUGCUCAUUGGGAUCAGCUACAUUGGUUGGAAAGAACAUCAAGCCAAAGACAGAGAAAUAAAGGAAAAGGAAAACGAAUCUCAGAAAAUACAACAGAUAAGGAAUGAAAAGGAAGAGGCACUUAAGAUUCGAGAAAAACUCAAGGCAGAGCUUGAACGACGAAGGGCAUUGUACCACGAAGAUUGGAAGAAGGCCCUGAUAUAUCCUGAUUGGAGAAAGGAAUAUUUCCAGCCUGCUCCUGUGAAUCUAAAUCAUGAACUUUUUCACCAGAACAAUUCUGAUCCAAAGAGAAAAAAAGAUGGCAGAGAGGAAACACAGGAUCUUCCUCUUGCUGAUAAUAAAGGAGAUUGCAACCUCCUCACUCUUGAUGGGAAAGGUUUCACAACAGGGAGAUAUUAUUGGGAGGUAGAUGUCCAGGACAAUGAUGAGUGGGUGCUAGGUGUUUAUGAAACAAACGAAGAAAAGAUGGCACCAUUAAAAAAACCAUCAAUGAAGAAAUUCAGAGUCUUAGAGAAGAAGAAAGGUGAAUUCAGGGCUCUUGCCUGUGAUUCACAAAAAGUUCUUCUAGAAAAGCCUCUUACAGAAGAGUGUCCGAAGAAGAUUGUGGUUUUCUUGGAUUAUGAAGAUAAUGACAUUUCUUUCUAUAACAUGAUUGAUGGUAUGCACAUCUUUUCCUUCACUCAGGACAAAUUCUCUGCCAUUCUCUAUCCUUACUUCAAACUUAAAUCCAUGGAGCUCUCCCCAUCUGCAUAAGUUUAAUAGUGAUAUAGAAAACAAUCUUACACUGAGUAGCCUGUUCUUGGUAAGCUCCAGGACUCUGGUCCUGAUGAGUGGUCUCUGGCACCACUGAUUAUGAGACCCAAGCGUCUCAGAUUUCAUGAGUCUCCAUAAUCAGAGUUUCUGAUGACAUCAAGCUGUGUUUCUCAAAUAAUCCAAAGAGAAGACCCAUGUUCAUGUUUUGUUGUAAGUGUUGCUUCUUGCUAUAAAGCAAGUAAUAUAUAUAUAUAUAUAUAAGAAUAUAUCACAGACUCAAAAAUGGCAUGAAUGAAAAACAAAGAUAUGCUAUUACAAGUGACAAUUACUUUAUUAUUAGAUUCAACAUGAGAAAAAUAGCUGUCAAUUUUCUCUAAAAGUUUUGUAACACUCUAUUUCUGUACUCUCUCAUAAAGAACUGUUAAGAAACAAUUUAUGUGUAGUUACUGGUCUUUAUAUUACACUUUGAGUAGCACUGCUAAAGCAAUGUUUGAAGAAAUAAAAAUUAAAUAAAUCUCAUAUUUCUCAACAGCAAAACAGCAGCACUGAAUUAAAAUUACUGAAGAGUACUAUUUUUGAGUGUUAAAAGAGAAAGAAGAAACUUUAAUUUGGUAACAAGUUAAGCUCUAUCUUAAAUGCAAAGACAAUUUUAGGAAAGAAUAAAUAUCAAACACAAUUUAAUUCCAACAAACGAGAUGAUGUCAACAUGAUGGAGAACUGGGGCAGAGGGCAGGGCAAAAGUGAAAGAAAGCAUAUUUAAGUAUUUAUUUUGUUGGAUGGAGGGAAAUUUUAUUGCUUUGCCUAAGAUCUUAGUAAGGGAAAUGAAUACUUUACAUUCUAGAGAAUUCUAGUAUAUUACCCCUCCAAUUAAAACUAUGUAUUAUAAUGAAAUUCAACAAUUAGAGAAAAACAGUGCCCAGUGCUCAUCGGAUCAUUGUUCCUAUUAUUAAGGCCAAAACCUGUAAAUUUAGUCAAUGUUGGGUACUCAGACCUGGAAUUUGGAUACUGGAAAAAAAAAAAAACACUCCCCAAACACUUAUAUUUCAGAUAAAUAUUCAACUCUUAACCACCGAAGAAAUUAAGGGUACUGCUAUCUUUUAUAUAACAUGCUGAUAGGAAAUGAGAUGCCAGUAUAAUUCAUAUCUGCUAUAAUUCAGUUCCAAGCUCCUCCCCAAGCCCAUAUGCAAAAAAUUUGCUCCUCAGCCCAUAACACUAUUAAAGCCCAUAAUCUUUAAGGUGAGGCCCAGUGGAAGGAAGUGAAAUCACUGAGGCAUGUCCUUGAAGGGGAUAUUGGAACCCUGACUCCUUCCUGUUUUGUUUUGCUUCCUGGAUCCCAUGAAGUAAUUAGCUUCGUCUACCACACACUCCUGCAUUGAUAUAUUACCUAGAUACAGGCCCAAAAGCUACAGGGUCAAACUACCAUAGAAUGACUAUAACCUUCAAAAUUUGAGCCAAAAUAAAACUUUCCUUUUUUAAAAAAAUGAUUAUCUCAGGUAUUUUUGUUAUAAUAAUACAAAACUAACACAAUGUCUUUUUGUUAGGCAUUUUUCUCAUAGAUAUUUAUUUGGUGAUAAUUUCUCCCCUGUCCCAUUACUCUCUGGCCAUCUAUUGAGUCUUUUCAAUAUAAAUAUCUCUAACUUUCCUCAUCACUGGAUAAUUCUCUUCUAUUGGUCCAGAAUAAUCCUUCAUUUAUAUAUUCUUUUUCAUUCUCCCUAUUUUAAAUCAAUCCCAUCAAUUUUAAAAAAUGGAAUUGCCAAUUAUUACCUGUUUUCACUUCCUAGCAUAGGAAUGAGAUUUACCCUUUUAGAUUCCACAUGAAGAUGAUUAUGCAGUGUUUGUCUUUCUGUGUUUGACUUACUUAACAUAAUGUCCUUCAAGUUCAUCCAUGUUGUUACAAAAGUUAGAAUUUCCUGAUUUUAAUGGCUGAAGAUUGUUCCAUUGUGUAUAUGUAUCACAAUCUCUUUCUCCAUUCAUGUAUCAAGGGACACCUAAGUUGAUUCCAUAUCCUGGCUCCUGUGAAUAGUGCUACAAUAAAUGUGGUGUCUCUUCAA